AUGUUACUUGAAAAGCGAACAUCAUUAAAAGCGAAAUUAUUAUCAUUCGAUGAUUCCUUGUUGCAAUCACCCGGAAAUUUGCAAUCCACCGCAGCAUUACCAUCAGCAUCCUGCGAUACCGCAUCAUUGUCGCUUUACAUGACUGGUGCUGACAAGAAUCGUUGUUCGAUUUCAAAGCGACAAAAUACACAAUUUUCAACAUUGUCUGCAAGAUCGAAACAGCUAUUAUCGGUACCAGUAAACCGGAAUUUAUCAACACAAACAUCAGCGAUACCAGAAGUUCAGCGAGAGCAACAUUUAUCAACACAUGGACGUAGACGGAAGAAACAAAUCAGUAAUAUUAAUGCUAAUCAACCACCUAUCUUAUCAGUACCACAAUAUUCAACUUUUGUAAUGCCAUCUACAAGUAAUGAUUUAAAAGAGACACAGAUGCAAGAACAACAAAUAAUAGCUGCUGCUAAAGCAGCUGCAUGUAUGAGUGCUACUCGAAUACCGCGAAUAACUCAAAGUGAAAAUUUAAUUCAUGGAGUAUCGGGAGCAAAUUCAUCAAUGAUCCCGGGAAUAUUUCAACUGCCUCAGGAUCUAACCAGUUUCUCGGGAUUAACGGCAUAUUUUUCCUCCGAUAAUAACACCGGUGCAGUAAGACAUGAUCAAAGUUAUCAGUGGUCAUCAUUAUCAUCAACCAAAGCAAACUAUUGGCCAUCAUCAUCUGACCUGUACUAUCAGAAUUAUAUGACUAAUAAUGCUGAUUAUACCACAGCAAUUUCGAGUGGAUUUUAUCCAUCUCAAAUGGAUCAAAGUAAUUUGGUACCUGCAAGGAAUUGUGUGGAAUAUCCAGCAUUGUUUACCACCAACGAUUUACCUUCUACAGGUUCCACUUAUACACCAACACCCGCUCAGUUGCUGUUAUCGUCAUCGGAAUUAUUGCAACCACCGGCUGUUGUACAACCAACAAAUUCGAUGUUCAAAUCGACGGUAUUAUUUGAUAGACCGGAACACUCAACAACAGAUACAUUUAGUGCAACUAUCAGUGAUUACACUCAAUCAAUGCAAAUGAUAACGGGUGAUAAUGGUGGAACGAUGAUAAAUUGUAGCAAUACAACAAGUUCGACGAAUUUUAAUCUCAUUUCCGAAGUAACAAAUACCCUCCUUGGAUAA